GCCGCGGCCUGGGACUGGGAUCCGAGGGGGUGCGGCCUCCCGGCGGCCGCGGCUCCCCUGAGUAGCGGUGACUGCAGCGCGGGCGGGCGAGGUCAGCGGACGCCGCCGGCGGCCGGCCGUGUCGGCCGCGGGAUGAGGAAGCGGACCGAGCCCGUCGCCUUGGAACAUGAGCGCUGCGCCGCCUCGGGCUCGUCCUCCUCCGGCUCGGCAGCCGCGGCGCUGGACGCUGACUGCCGCCUGAAGCAGAACCUGCGCCUGGCGGGCAAGAGGCCGGCAGAGCCGCGCUGCGCCGCGGACGCGGGCAUGAAGCGGGCUCUGGGCAGGCGAAAGGGCCUAUGGUUCCGACUGAGGAAGAUACUUCUCUGUAUUCUGGGGUUGUAUGUUGCCAUUCCAUUUCUCAUCAAACUAUGUCCUGGGAUACAGGCCAAACUGAUUUUCUUGAAUUUUGUGAGGGUUCCUUAUUUCAUUGACUUGAAAAAACCACAGGAUCAAGGUUUGAAUCACACGUGUAAUUACUACCUCGAGCCAGAGGAAGACGUGACCAUUGGAGUCUGGCACACUGUCCCCGCUGUCUGGUGGAAGGACGCCCAGGGAAAGGACCAGAUGUGGUACGAGGAUGCCUUGGCUUCCAGUCACCCUAUCAUCCUGUACCUGCAUGGGAAUGCAGGCACAAGAGGAGGCGACCACCGGGUGGAACUUUACAAGGUGCUGAGUUCCCUUGGUUAUCAUGUGGUCACCUUUGACUACAGAGGUUGGGGUGACUCGGUAGGAACGCCAUCGGAGCGGGGCAUGACAUAUGACGCACUCCAUGUUUUUGACUGGAUCAAAGCAAGAAGUGGAGACAACCCUGUGUAUAUUUGGGGUCAUUCCCUAGGCACUGGAGUGGCGACAAAUCUGGUGCGGCGCCUCUGUGAGCGAGAGACACCUCCAGAUGCCCUUAUAUUGGAAUCUCCAUUCACUAAUAUACGUGAAGAAGCUAAGAGCCAUCCCUUCUCAGUGAUAUACCGAUACUUCCCUGGGUUUGACUGGUUCUUCCUCGACCCCAUUACAAGCAGUGGAAUUAAAUUUGCAAAUGAUGAAAAUGUGAAGCACAUCUCCUGCUCCCUGCUCAUCCUGCAUGCCGAGGACGACCCGGUCGUGCCCUUCCAGCUUGGCAGAAAGCUCUACAACAUCGCCGCUCCAUCCCGAAGCUUCCGAGACUUCAAAGUUCAGUUUAUCCCCUUCCAUUCAGACCUCGGCUACAGGCACAAGUAUAUCUACAAGAGCCCUGAGCUUCCACGGAUACUGAGGGAAUUCCUGGGGAAGUCAGAACCUGGGCGCCAACACUGAGUCUUGCUGCCUGAAGGAGCAUGAAGACCUCUGCCCUCCUCUCCUUUGCUCCAGCCAGCCUGGCACCCUGGAGCCCAGGGGUGCCAGCAUCUUCAAUACCCCUGGAGAGAGGACUUGGAUGCCAGCUGGGCAGGUGGAGGAGACCCAGCAAACCUGAGGCACCUGUCUUGGGUGGCUGGGAGCAUGGAUCUUUGUGGAAAACACAGGUUGCAGGCAUGGGAUCCCCUCUCCCUCUUGUUGCCACUCAACCCGAGCUCUCAUUGGGAAGACAGUGACAGAGCAGGCCAGCCGCCAGCUGGUCUAUCCUGCACUUGCUGAGCUGGGCACAGGGAGCCUGGGGCAGGAGGCUUGGGGUCUUGGGACCACACUGAGCUUUCCAGCAUCACUGGUAAGAUCGUGGGGAGAUGGGUUCUGUCCCUUCCCAGCCCACACAGAAUGGAUUCUAAUGGUCCCAUCAGCAGCCCCCCCAACCCAGGGCACCCUGCUUGCCUACCUUGGCGGUCCCUGCCUCCCUGGGCAGGUCCCACUGCUCACAGCGGGGGAAGUGCCUGUGACCUGUACUUCCUCCACUUUCUGCCCACCUUUCCGCCUAACCUGGCCUUAGACUGAGCAUUUAUUUAAGAAUAAAAUCGUGGUGGUGGUCUAUCUGCUGUGUUCUCAGUGACCCCUCCAGCUAUUUUCAGGUCAUGCUCAGAGCCGAGCCUGUGGGAGGAGGGGCAGCUCUGUAAGGCCAGGGAUCCUGGGCCUUCCUUUCCUCCUUCUAGAUGUGGAGGCCCGUGCAAGGAGGGGCAUUGUCCCAGGGCAAGGUAUGUUCAUGGGGGAGGACCCCUUCUCCAGAGGGGACAGGGAGCGUUUUCCUAAAAUACAGGCCCCUUUCAACUUCACGCUGUAGCAAGCUUACUGGAUGUUGGUAUUGGUUGGCAGCCUCCAGGGUUUCACCCACAGACGCCAAGCGAGCCCUGGCAUGAGUCCGUGGAAGGACGUGGGGCGCUGGAGUAGGAGGUUUCCAGUUCUGGUCCAUGAGCACCGCCUUGUUCACUUACUUGGGGAAAGGGAGUGUUGUUCAGCUUUUUGUCAAAUCAGUCUCCCUGGACUUCUGCUGCCCCCACUUGGCACCCUCUGAGGAUCCUGCUUCUCAACAGCCCCGGCGCUGGUGAAGGGCCAGAUUCUCACAUCCCGGCUAAGUAACCAGAGAGUGAGAACUGUGUGGUUUAGUAAGGGGCUUUCAGGCUGGCCCCACAGAGGACUGUCCUACCCCUGCGGCUCAGAUAUAUAGAGGCGUGAUGCACAACAGAGGAUGAAAGCCCACCUGGGACCCACUUCCCCUGAUGGUUGGACUCUCCCCACCAGGGUCCUAAGGCUCUGGGACUUUGUGGUCUUGGCAGAUCAGAAAUUCCCCUGGGGUUACAGGGAGCCUAGUUCACCAGCCUGUUCUUUAAGGUCUGUGGCCACUCUUGGCAGCUGUGGGCAGGCUGUGGGGCCGAGGUGCCAAGGCAGGUGACAGCUUUUCUUUUCUGAGGUACCUUCAAGCUGCCUACAGUGAUUCUCACAUGGGGGAAACCAUGCCUUUCCUAAAGGGGUUGAAGCAUGAACAGACUCUCCUGAGUUCAGUUUAUGUCUUCCUUCCUUUGGACGGGUUCCCCUGGCAUCAGAUUUGGGUGUGUGCACUACCUGCAAGACCCCACCCCAUCCCCGGGGUGAGACAUAAGCCCCUUCCUAUAGCACGUUCCUAUGUAACUGCUCGCAUGAUGUGCCCCCUGGGCCCGAGUAGCCCCCCGAGGCUUGCUCUUUCAGCCCCGUGACUGAGGCCCCAAGUCAGAGCUGCCCUCCCACCCCACUUCAGCCAGAUGCAACCCACCCACCCUGCCUGGGCUGGAAGCUUCCUCCUGUUCUGUGUUGUGUGUGUGUGUGAGCCAUGUGAGAGGAUAUGAAGUAAAAUAUAGGCUGUUGGUAUUUUGAUAGGUGCUCUAGAAAGCACUGAUAGGGAUGGUGAGCUGCUGGGCCAUCGGAUUGUCUAAUUAAGUCCAAAUGCCUUCACCUGCUGGUCUCAGAUUAGUAACUAAACUGUGGGCUAGGAAAGAUGUAAUCUCUGCUGAUCACAAAACCAAUCCUUGAAUAAAAAAAAAAAAAAAAA